AUGCAGCCCCCGCGCUACCAUUAUGCUACUAAAGAAGCCGUCGAAGGGCAAAGCGGCGGUUGUUGCUGCUGGCUCGGCACCUAUGGUUCCGCUGAUGAGGCCACAUGUGUGUACGACGUCCCCAUGUGGCGUUUCGGCCGGCUAAGGGGCGAGAUGAAUUGCCCAGAGAUCGAAAACCGGGGGCAGGCGGAGUUCAUCGGCCUGAAGAAUCUGGUCAUACGGCUAAUGGAAGCGAGGAAGAAGAAGCUGGGGAUCCACAUUGCUUUCGGAGAGAUUGAUGAAAUGGUGAUGGCGAGGUUUGCGCAUGAGAAUCCCCAGUAUAAGCAGGCGAAGAAGGAAGGCGAGGGUAGCCCCUCGAGGGUGAUCCCCAUCGAGUCUGACUCGGAGGAGGAGGAGGGGGAGAAGGAGAAGGAGCUCCACAACUUUGACAAACCCACCACCGACCCAUUCAGGAGGCAGUUCGUGAGAGCCUCAGGUGCUGCUGAGACUGCUGAGUCACGCCACAACGACAUUGCUCACGAUGACAACGUCCUUACCUGUUCGAUGGCGAUACGAGAUGGCGCUCGCACAAGGGGCGAGAUCGUGACACUCGAGGCCUCCUCGCUACUGUGUUGGCAACGAGCCAUGUCUUUCAACCUUGAGUUGAUUGUUGUCUCGCCUUCCGAGGAUCGUCAGCAUUUUGGCAAACACUCCGGUCCAAACCUGGCCAACUGGGCAGGUCCUCGCGGGUUGGUCCGUUAG